AUGCGUUGGCUAAACUUUGUUACAUUGAGCCCGGCUCUAUGGCUCUCUUGCCUCAGUUCCGGGCAUGCUAGUGCUCUACCGAGUCACAGCAUUGUCAGUAGACAAACGCCCCCGGAUCAGAAUCGCUACGUCUAUCGAGGAGAUGGCAGGGCUCCCUCGGAGGUUCGCGACACUGGCGGAUUCCGGCCUCAAGGUGACGACUGGCAGGAUCACGACGAAUGUUUUGACCUAGACCGCCACUAUCUAGCCGGUCCGGGUGGAUGCGGACUGCCAGAAUGGCGCGCAGAAGGCUAUACCUUUCGCACUGCGUAUGUCUCGGUAGCACUCCAAAGGCCUGCAGCAGAAAACUAUGGCUACUGGCUUUACGAGAUGCGCAGAAUGCCAUCGAUUCUGAACAACAAUGACAACGAGGGUGAAGUCAUGGCCCUGGGAGGAAUGCCUUGGAGAGCCGUCCGAAGAUACGUACGAAUGAGCGGAAUUCCAGGAAGCGAAAAUCGAGUCGAUGAGUCCAUGUGGAUCAAUAACCCGGAUUACGAUGAAGCGCUUUAUGAGACUGGGCCUAAUGCCCGCUAUGGUAACGUCAACGAUGUCUUUCCGGGCGCGUUGAAUAACCAAGCAGAUGAUGAAGACAGCGACUCUGACAGCGACUCUGUUGACAGCAACGAGACUCAGGUCGAGCCUAGCACUUCCAACGCUUCGCGCCGCCGUUUCAAUGCAGCAGAUAUUUAUAUGAGUGAAACACUUGGCGCAUACGAGCUGUUUGGCACAUUUCCGCCUGAGUGGACGCAAUAUCCCCCCAACGAGGCCGUCCCCGGGCCGGAUGCUGCUCUGCUUCAGAUACGCCUGGAUGACCAUGUCGGUGGAUUGCUGAACCACUAUGUCGACAUGGGCGCUCAAGCACUUAAUCAACUCUUCCCCGACGGCGACCAGGUAAUCCGCGAACUCUUCGAAGGGCAACCCCCCGUCGCUUGCUCCGCUUUCCGUGCAUUUGGCUCUCAUAAGAGGAGCAACGCUCGCAGAGCGACGGAUAAUUCGGGCUGCUGCAAGGCGCUAUCAUCCUUUAGAAAGAAGACAAAGGAGCGCAACGGCGUCACUGUAGUUGACAUUUGCGACAACAGCCCUCUCAACCCGCCUUGUACUACCGUAAAGGCCCCUCGCGACCAGUGUGUCGCUGUUCCCGAAGAGUACAAAGGCAAGGUGUCUGGCGUAAAGACUGACGCGGCCGACCACAUCUGCAAGUUUUAUGCGGAGCCGGACUGCAAGGGCAAGCACUUUGAAGCCACCAACCACGCGGCUGACCUCAGGCAAGCUCAAGAAGGCUGGUACAAUGACAAGGUUGCGUCCAUGCGCUGCGACAAGCUCAGGCUGCCCGAGACACCUGAGCGCUGGGAGUGGAAGUCGACGAGCUAUCACCAGCUGUGCACGCGCCUGGAUAAGCUUUCCAUUGACUUUGAGCUUGCCAACCACAUCGGAUCCGGAACAUACGACAUGAUCAAGUUGAACUUUUUGGGCGCCUCACGAAAGCCGCACGUCAUCGUGGAGGGCCCCUCUCCUGGUUACAAAGUCUCGCAGGACAUUGACAUGGUGGACAUUUUCGGAUCAGAAACCGUGGCACUGGACCAGAUUAGGGGGCUCCAACUUCUCGACAGGCUGACAGACCAUUGGCUUGGAGGCGACGCCUGGGAACUCUUUGGAAUCAAGCUAAGAGGGCGAUGUGCUGGAACAGGCAUUUCUGUCGCGCUUAAUGACUAUGCUUCCACGGACAAGGAAUUGCAAGCCAGGCCCACCGAGCCGGGUCGGUUCCAGUAUUACAGGGACUGGCCGGUCUGGUCCGGCCCAAUCCACCCCAAGGACUGGAUUGGCCAGCCCCAGUGCAGUCAUUUCUACAAUAUCAACGUCAAUCUUCACAUUGCUGAUGCAGACUACGCCGGGACCAACAACGAUCUCUACGCCAGGGUCGGCAAGGCCGAAUUUCUCAUCACUCGCCAUCCUUCUCGCAGGGAGGUCUUUACCAUUAACGUUGAUGUCAAAAAGGCCUUCAAGACCAAGGCCGUCCCCGUUGACAAGUUUGACAAGGUUACAAUUUUGAGCAAAGGAGGCCAUGACGGUUUCCUGCCCAGCGAGGCGACGGUAUAUGGAUGGUGCUCCAACUCAAAGACGUCGCUGUCUCACACCCAGACAUAUGAUGAUAAUACUUGGGUCUAUGAUGGUGGGGAGAUGGACAUUCAGCUACCAAUUUCAAAGUGGGUGAAGAGUAAUUAA